AUGCCCUGGUCCCAAGAAUACCUCGUUUCCCGUGCAAAUGCCUCUCUUAGUCUCUCAGAUAGCAAUGUACAAUAUAUUGUCUACUCAAAAGUGGUGGUGGAACUCACUAUUUCCGACAUACAGUCCGCCCUGGAGCAUGCGUGGAAACAAAUGCGGUACGAAGAGCCCGACAUUGCAACAACCCUUAAAGGCGAAACGAAGGUGUAUGAGACACCCGAUGAAGCGGCGCUCCAGAAGUGGCUUGAUUCUACGUUUACGUUUAUCGUUACCGAUAUCCCCGAUGCAGAAGAACUACAACGCAACGAGCUUGUCCUCCGUGCACAUCAUUGCACCAUCGACGGUGUAGGUAUUCUGAUGUUGAAGCAUAAAUUCUUCAGCGCCUUGGUUCAGCCGAAAUCGGAGGUUACCUUUGGUGACGGGUACCAACGGCUGGCCGUUCCUUUGCCUGAGGCGCUCGGAAACCCCGAACCCCCAACUCCAGAGCAAACUGAAAGGGCUACGACGAUGGCACCAGUCGGCCAGUGCCAGAAUAUCAAGUGUCGAUUAUCUCCGGAUAUGACGGCAGCUAUCGUCCAGGCUUGCAAUGGAAAGGGGAUAACCGUUGCAACUUCUGUACAUGCCGCAUACAGCCUUGGUCUGAUGAAACACGCCAACCCACUAUCAAACACUCCGCGCUACACCACAGUAAACUCCUUCAAUCUAAGAGACUACCUCCCGGCGCCGUAUAACAAGUCCGCGGCGGCGAACUACCCUACAACUAUCCCGUUCACAAUCGACCUACCGGCAGAUUUUUCUCAGCUUGCACAGGCACUGAACCAUAGGUGUAGAAAUGGCGUUAGAGGUAGCCCCGAGGUCCUCGAGCUCGUUGGAGCCUAUAACCGCUUCCUGGUAGGUAUGGUCCGCACGCCUAAGGCCGAGGCUGCUCCCGCUCCUACAGAUGCAUGUGUGAGCAGUUUGGGGGUUAUUGAGAAAUACCUACAGCGCUCGAACGGUAACACUGUGACGGAGAAGGACUACAAAAUUGUUCUUGAUGUAGUUUUGGGCAUAGAUGCAUCGCUUUUGUCUACGUUCAAAGACCAGUUGCGAUUGGUCUACAGCUUUAAUGAUGGGGUAUAUGGGUAUGAGGAGCCGACAAAGAUUACUGAGUAUGUAAACCAUGUUGCGAAGGUCUUGAAUGAGGAGUUACUAGGCUCGGCGGCUGUGUAG